CAUUGGUAUUUGAUCCACGUCCCCGCCCCUUUCCUCCUGCUCCGCGCUGCGCCGCUCCUCACACCCGGCGCACCAGCGGGACAGUCCGGCUGUACCACGGACCGCAAGAGCCCCAAAUACAUUUCUAUUGGAAAGAUAAUAAACCCGGAGUGAAGAAGUCUCCUUUUCUUCCGUCCGCGCAUUGCUGAAGGAAUCAGAACCGGUGAAAAAGCUGGGUGGUAGCAGCCAGGCCUUGCCCAAAAACAGGCAUACCCCAUACUGGGGGCAACGGAGGAGAUAAAGGAUUAGAGGAUAAUCCAUGAUGGUUUCAUGCGGCAACCACAGAAGCAUUUGCAGCUGGAUUCAAACCUAUUUCUGAGCUGAUGUCGACAAAGCCAAAGGCAAGCAGGGGAAACCAGGCGACCUGACCACACUCCAACCAUCCCAGCUGCUUCCAGGAACACAACUGCACAGUGUUCUCCUUAAUUUACGUCUGUUUAAUUCAGCCAGCUAUGCUGAACGACGAGCUACCAAGAGUGGGACAGAGCUUGGCCUGUGCUAAAUAAACAGAGAUAAUGAUCCAGUGAAGUAUUUGGCGCUGCAGGUCUGGAGUUCAACUUUUCAGAUUUAGAAAUUACACGCUUUCAAGAUCUUGGAUUAAUCCUACGGAUUUAUUUUUUAAGUCUAUACUUUGGACUGCUGAACUUUCAAUGAUUUUUGCAUAAAUCUAAGAAGAAAAAAAGUAGAACUUUAGUGGAAUAAAAGGCACUGUUUGAGAUACCUUUUCAAGAAUUAUACAGCCAUUCACCUCUUGGAACCAUGAAUCUUCAGGAGAAGCUAUCAGGCCUAAAAGGUCUGGUCACACACUCCCACAGCAAGCGGCGCCAUAAAGGUGACCUCACGUUGGAAAUGAUCAGCCCUCCUAUGGGUGACUUCCGCCACACCAUGCACGUGGGCCGUGGCGGCGAUGUCUUCGGUGACACCUCUUUCCUCAGCAAUCAUGGUGGCACAGGCAAUGGGAACAACGGGGAAACAGAUUCCAUCUCUUCCCCUGACAACAAGAUCGGAGCGUUUUUCUCCAAGACACUCCGUCAAAUCAGGAGGGGCUCUGACAACCGACCAACAGGAGGACCAAAGGAUUUGUCACCGCCACCCCCUGCCAUUUCUCCCAUCAUCAAGAAUGCUGUCUCUCUCCCCCGGCUGGAUGUUGAUAUGCCUAAUGGAUGCCCAACAACCAAAGUGCUCUUUCCCAGUUCCCAAAGCACACCAGAGGAGAUGAAAAGCUCUUAUGGUCUGGACUCUGGUUUUGUCACUCUGCCUCGGCUCUCCCGCUCCGAGCGUCAGCAGCCUUCCAUCUCCCUCCCUACCUGCCGCCCCCCCAACAUCCACCGCGGCUCUCUAACUGACCCCACUGAUGCCAUCUUAUCCACCUGCUCCUCCUCCGUCUUGAGCUGUGACGCUAAACCAGCAACUGCUUACUCUGACUCCCUUCCCUCACUCACCUCCUUGGAUAACUUCACCUUCACCUUUGACCUCGGUCCCUCCCUCAUGAGCGAGGUGUUCGGCCUGAUUGACAGCCACCUGGAGGACCCCGGCCAUGCCUGGGAGGGAGAGGAGGCGGGAUCAGCGUGUGGGCUGACCAAUGAGGGAUCAGAGAUGGACUCAGCUACUAUCUCAUACGUGGAUUCCCUCCUGAGGGAGGACUGCGGGGACAGAAAGAGCCCGCACGACGCCGAAUGGGAAGUAGAAGAGGAGGAGAGUGUGAUGGAGGUGAGCAGAGUCGGGCUUUCAGUUACAGUCCCUGAUGUGGUGAUAGGGUCUCCUGAAAGAGUGAAGUUGGGGAUGGGGAUGGAGAGUGAGCGCUUCCAGAGUGCUACAGAUGUGCUUGCUCGCCACUAUGGCAUCAGACCCUUAAAGGGACAGAGCAGGAUUGAGGCGAAAGAUCCUGAGACGAUGAUCAUCAGCCAGCCCAGGAAAAAUAUCUCCUACAACUACAUGGACGAUGAGGAUGAAAUUAAAGUCUAAACAAAGCAAACACUCAACACUUAACUUUAAACAAAUCUUCUCUGAUGUUUGGUCUUUAAGAAAUUCCCAAAAUCGUUUUUUUUAAUGGUCAAUGAGGCUGGCUCUUUUGACUGGAUGAUCAUUAGAACUAUACCCCGUGCUUAAAGCGGAUCUUUUACUUUAUACGCCCAUGCUUUAAGGAUUUGCAGUUUUGAUGCAAAGCUGUUGAUGAAUGUAUCUGAAAGAAGUUAAAAAAAAAGACUUGAUGCUGCAUGUUUCCUAACGCUGCACAGAACGGGGCAGAAUGCUUAUUUCCUAAAGGACUGGGCUUGAAAAAAAUGACUCAAACAAAAAGGAGGCAUGGAAAGUGAGGGCGUGCAAGACAACGUGGUUUAAGUUGUCUCCAAGGAAACACAAACUUUAGUAAAUGCAGAAGUUACAAACCUUAUUCCUCACUUUAAAGUCAACACUUCAUCGCUUCCUCCAUGGACUGUAAAUAAACGAGCACGAGCCUGAGUGACAUCAUCCAUAGGUUUGUGAAGGGCGGUUUUGGAAAGCUAUCCUUAACUGAAAUGCUGACUCUGUCAAACUUUCGUUCAACCUACAGACAGGCAAAGAGCUGGAGCUGAGGCGGGCCUUAAGCCUCCUGUCAAACUGCUACAACAUGGCAACUUGCAGUCAGAUCUGUCACGCCCUUAAUUUUCCACAACUCUGAUUAUUAACAUGUUAAUUUCUGCUGUCAAAACGGACAUUUCAAUAUGGGGUGUAUACAGGACUUCUGAGUCUUUUGGAGCCAGCCUCAAGUGGACACUCGAGAAACUGCAGCGUUGGCUUCAGUUUUCAACAGGACGGAGGAUUCUUGUUGCAGGUCCAGUUGCUACAGUUGAGAACAGUGAGAAGUGGGGAUUCAAAAAAAAAAGUAACCUUAUAAGAAACUUCUGACAUCACUACAAUCUUCGUCAACUUUUCGCUCAGGAAUACACUACCAAGAAACAAAAAAAAGGGAAGGAACACGAGACGCCUGUUAUCUCAGACUUCGCUAGAUACACCAGAGAAAUGCAAACAUCUCGCUCUUCAUGGAUCGAGGGAAGAUGUCAAGUCAUACCUGUUUGUGCUUGUAGCAACUUAAGACUGAACCUUUGCUCAUUGUAUGCUGCAGACCUCCAUUAUAAAUACUCUGUGCACCUUUCAUGAUAAUGAAGUCUGACUCCUGUAUUAUUUUUAUAGAAGAAUCGUCCUAUAUUUGAUCUUUUAUACAGCUGUAAAUGAAGAUUUUAAAUGACCUCCUACUAAUAUGUUCUUGUGUGCUAUUUGUACUAGUAUGAGCACCUGCAGUACACAGUGCAAUCCACAUCCUUAUGCUGCAGUCAUGACCAAUGAUACACUAUGCUGAAACUGACAAUAAAGAUAUUUUAGUUGAAUGCUCA